AUGGACAGAGAGUGUCGGAAAGCCUUUAACAAGAUUAAGGAGUACUUGUCAGAUCCACUAGUAGUGGUUCCUCCCGAGCAUGGAAAGCCAUUGUUGUUAUACCUGUCAGUUUUGGAUAGUGCAUUUGGAUGCAUGUUUGGACAACACGAUGAGACUGGCAGAAAGGAGCAAGCUAUCUAUUACUUAAGCAAGAAGUUCACACCAUAUAUUGAGGCAUUACAUGUCAGAAUACACCACGCUUUCAAUAUCCCGGCUCGACCCGCACAAGUAUAUCUUUCAGAAGUCGAUGUCUACAGGAAAACUGGUCAAUGGCAGAUACUUCUCAGCGAAUUUAACAUUUUGGACAUAACACAGAAGGCUAUCAAAGGACAAGCCUUAGCUGACCACCUUGCAGAGAAUCCAAUGGACAAGAAUUAUGAGCCACUCACUACAUACUUCCCAGAAGAAGAAGUGUUAUUCACCGGAGAUGAUAUUGCAGAGUCAUACCUAGAUUUGAGAAUGUUCAUCGAUAGAGCACCAAAUUUCAAAGGAGUAGGAAUUGGGGCACUCCUAGUUUCAGAAUCAGGACAACAUUACAUGAGAUUAGCAAGGAUAAGGUUCCCUUGCACCAAUAAUAUGGUCGAGUACGAAGCAUGCAUCCUCGGGAUUAGGAUGACGGUUGACAUGUACAUCAAGGAGCUUCUAGCCAUAGGGGAUUCCGAUCUGUAA